AUGGAUAUUCGGACUCCUGGUAGGGCGGAGGAAGUUUACAAACCAGAGGCCUAUAUCUCUUUACAUAGCAUUCCUUCUGACGUAAUUGUUGAGGCAGAGAAAUGGAAUGAAUCCUCGCGGAGCAUCAAAAUCCCCUCUAUAGCGCCAUCAUGUCGUCCAAGCAACACCAAUAUGGUCGAAUAUCGGGAUGAUCAGAUAGCAAAGGAUCCUGAGUAGAUGGAGAAGCAUACUAGACUUUUCGAAUCGUUGUCGAGAUCUCUGACGUCUCUCUCUCUCUUGAACUACGCAAAACGGCACAUUCUCUUUCAUCAUCUUCAAUGGACUUCAUUUGAUGGAUAUGGAGAAGCGGCCCUCGCUCCCGAACGCCAUGACCAUGGUUGCCGAAGUUCUUGAUUCUUGGGGCUCUGUGUUGGGUGUUGUUACCAAGGAUAACAACAAGAAGACAUGGGGGGAAAUUCUCGAGGAAGUGACACAAGGUCUGGAGCCCGUUGUUCCGAGGUUAGACGAAGCAAGGCUUUGUUGUGGAGUAUCUGGGGAGCCUGUGAAUCUUACCCUUGGCAUGGGGAGGGGGGGGAGGAGGAGGGCUUUCUUUGGAAACACAUGAUGCGUGAGUCUCAGAUAUACAUCGGAGACUGUGAAAGAUAUGGGAGUUCACCGAGACAGGGACUCAUCACUUUCACUUAAACACGAAUGGUGGCCAGCGUCGAGUCCAGUUUGGAUUAGAUCCUUGUGAUCAACAGUGACGGGAUCAUCAGGAGACCGCUCUACUUAAAUUCGGAACUCAUGCAAGUACAGUAGAUGCAGGCGAUGUCCGCCUAUGUAGGUGCAUAUCCCG